AUGGAAGAUCUAACAGGAGAAUACAUCGCUGACGGAGCCGUAUCUGCAGUGGGAAUACUGACAUUGCCUCUGUACAUUUACAUAUUGUUCAUAAUUAGGGCGGUGAGAACGAAACACAGGAAGAACAGCACGUUCUAUCUGAUUCUUCUGGUCAAUGGGGUCGCUGAUAUCAGUAAGUAUUGAGGCCAAGUUUGUCUUGCUUCUUAUACAUAUCAGCGUUCAUAUUUACUGUAAAACAAAGCAAUGAAAAAAACGAACGAACUUUUUGAACGACCCAAUAGGUCAUAAACGCUUAUGGCAAGUUAUGCUUUCAGCUUCCCUCCUCACAAGUUACUUCUUCUACAUGUUUCCCAGAUGGGGCUGGCUUCUCGAGUUUUACAUUUGGUCCGACAAAUGGGUAAUGCAUAUCGGCUUCUUUGUCACUUGGUGGUGCGCAGCGGUUCAAGCUCAGUGCACGUUAAUGCUGGGGAUAAAUCGGUUUACCGUCAUCAAAUGUGAAAGGAUCACUCAUGUAAGAAAUAUUUUUGUUUUUACAAGUGAAAGACCAAGCAUUUUUUGCAGAAAGAGCGGUAACAGAAAUAUCAUUUUCUGGCUGCAUCUUUGCCAGUUUUCUUAAAAAAAAUAUUCUUUUUGUUGAAAUAUUACACUCUACUGUAAAAAUAGGCAAAAACGUUUUUGAAAACGAUUUCCACCUGCAGAUCUCGGUGGUUUCUGUGAAGCACAUGCGGGCGGUCACAAAGAAAAACACUUUUUUGGCCAUAUUUUUGCCAGUUUCAUACUGAAACAGUUGAUUUUUUGUGGAAAGAUUUCUCUCUGUGCUAUAAUUGGACACGAAGCUUUUUCAUGCCAAAAUUCACAAAAAAAUGCCAUAUUUUGCCAAAUUUCGACUUAAAAAGCUUGGUCGUUUCCACAAAGCACGAGUCUCGCAUAAGUCUCAUGAAAAUCUCAGCUUUACAUUUGGCUCAUUUCUCCUGUUAAUCACCAAUUUUUUACAGGUCUGGAUGCGAGCUCCGUUCACGCUUACUAUCCUCAUAGUUCCUGGUCUCUUCAUUGGAGCCACCUUGAGCUUCAGCGGCGUGGCUUACAUUCCCUCGGAUAUUGGAGGUUUGGUACCGAAGCUGACAAGGUAAGGUCUUAUUUUAUCAAUGAUUUUGUAUGAUACGAUAUCCAUUAUUUGUAUCUUCCCGGUUGAGCCCAUUCUUUUGUGAUUAGGUCAACUUAUAUGUUUUUAUAUGUGCAGGGUUGCGGUAGAUGGUGGGAAACUUUUUCGUAUUAUAUAUUAGGACAUGAACACAGUAAAAGUUGUAGUUUGCUGUCAAUUACCCCUUGUUAAGACAAUUGACAGAACACAUAAACAUGUUGGUACACAGACUUCAUUCCGGCAUUUUCAGUGAACUAAUAAAGCGCAUCCUUUUCGGAAUCACAGGCUUUAUGAUGAUGUCGUAUUCCGCAAUACUCAUUGUCAUGUAUCUAUAUAUCUGGAAUGUUGUUCGUUCUCAACGCCCAAUCAACCGGCUGGCCGAGAGUUCGCAGCGAAGAGAGGCGGUUCAGCGGAGACGAGAAAUCAAACUUUUGACAAUGUCAUGCCUGAUCUGUCUGGCUCAAAUCCUAAUGACCUGCUAUUUGGUGUACAAAACGUUGAGUGGAGUGGAUCGAGAGCUGCGGAUUUAUACGUUGCUGAGGUGAGAAAUAAACCGUGAAAUGUCCUGAGACUGGCUUUUUUACACAUUUGUUGAGUGCAGUUCGCAUAUCAGGCUGUCGGGAAAAUAAUGUGGACUUGUCGCAGCAAAAUGUUUCGCCUCGUCGCAAUUUCGCAACAAAUCUCCAUUUGGCGCCGUGGCAAAGCGAUAACGGACCAUUUCAAGGCGCGACAAGACCACAUUAUUUUCCCGACAGACUGAUACCACUCGAUAAUUUAUAUAGUUUGUAGAACCAUUCCAAAACGCAUUUUACCCUUAAAAUUUUAUUUGUCUCUCAUUCUAAUGGUAAUGGAACGCUUCCUUUUCAGUGUUCUCUACAGCUCGCUGAACCCAUAUCUUCUCUUCUUCUUCAGCGACACCAUUAGAACCCAUGCAUUGGAAGUGGUGGCACGUCUUAUUCUACCGCCUCGAAUUGAACCCAAACUUGUUAAAGUCAAAAGCAUCUCAGCGUUGACUAUUUAG